UGGGGAAGACUGGCUUGGUGGGUGGGGACAAUCAUUGUCAGCUUUCUGGACACACAGACAGAGACAGACAGGAUGGAUUUCCUCCGGCUACAUCUCCCUGGGCUGCAUCAGGCCUUGAGGGGGGCACUGGAGUCUUUCAGCACCUUUGUCUCCUACCUUAUGGGAGAUGAUGUCCCCACUGCAGAGAGGAGGGAGGCGUGUGCAGCUGAGGAACUGGGGGAGGUGGCUGCAAGAAGCCUUGGGGGGAAGGUAGAGGAGGAAGCCCAGGAGGCCGUGGAGGGCCUUGGAGGCAGCCAAAGCAAGGGGGAUGGAGGGCUGAGAGGGCCUGGGGAGGCUGGAAGAUGCCAGGAGGUAAGCUCAGCUACAGAACAGACCUGGGGUGGGGGACAAGGCAGCUCCCAUGGGUCUCAAGCAGAUAGGCAGGACACUGGGGCCUGGGAGGCAGCCACGGCCACUAGAUGCCAGCAUUCAAGUAUCCCCCUGGAGCCCAGAAGGAAAUCUGAGGCAGGGUCUGAGGCUGGUAGAGACAGGAGUAGCCAAGCCCAGGAGAGUCAGCAGCCCGAUGAGCAGGAAGUGAAGAGAGAGGAGACACUGAGAACCUGGGAACGGGAGGAGGAGGAGGAAGAGGUCAGGGCAACAGAGCCAGGGGUGGCUGGAGGGGCGGAGUCAGAGGGGACCUGGCACAAGGAGCUUGAGCGGACGGCGAGUGUUGACGGGCAAAAGGUGGCAGAGGGCAGAAAGGAAUCAGAGCAGGGGGUUGAUGAGACAGCUGCAGAGGAGAUCCAGGGGCCUGGGGCCAAAGGGGCUGGGAGGGAAGAAGAGGUGGUAGUGGUAAGGGGUGGCCGAAGCACAAGGGCACAGGGGACACAGGAGCCAGGGGCAGAAUCUGAGGACAGGGAAAGCUCAGGCAGGGAGCAGGCUGACCUCCCAGGGGUUGGGGAGACUGAACAUGGGGCAAUCCCAGAAGAAAGGAUCCCAGAGGGUACUGGGAGAGUCUGGGCCCUAGAGGAGACCUCCAAGGGAGGCCAGGAGGAGGAGGAGGUAGAUGAGAAUAGAGAGGCUGAAGUGAGCCUCUUCCCCAAACAGACCCAGGCCCUGGGAACCGAGAGAGUGGAAGAAGCGGCCGAGGACCAGGCAGCAGAGAGGGAAGCUGAGGAAGGUCAGGAGUCAGAAGCGGAGGGAGGGGAGGGCUUUGAGGGCCAGGCAGAUCAGGCUGAGGGAGAGGCUGUGGAGAGGCAAGACUCAGAGAUCAGGGCUGCUCAAACCAGUCUCAAGGAGGUGGUGCAGGCAGAGGAGGCCGAGCCACAGCAGAAGAGCUGCUGGGCUGCAGAGGCUGAGCUCCUCCGGGACAAAGCAGCAAAUGAGGCUGAAGGUGGUGUUGACUUGGAGGCAACGCCAGAGGCCAGGCCCAAGAAGGAGUUCAGCGGAGAGAGGGGUGAGGAAGAGGCUCAGGCCAGGGGAGAAGCACUGGGGGUGGUGUGGGGUGGCCUUGAGCACAGGGUCACUGAAGGCCAAGAACCUGAGCUGGUGGGAGGCCCCCAGACCCCCACAGAGCAACUUGAGGAAGGGCAGGCAUGUAAGGAAGAACUCUGCAGCAUUCCAGCCCUGAGCAGAGAGGAGACAGAGAGGAGCCUGGAGGAAUAUCCCAGGAACGUGGGGUAUGCAGAACCUAACAGCUCUGUGGCGGAAGCCUGGGAAGACAGAAGAAGGGAUGUGGAGAGAGGGAGCACCCAGGAGGAAAAAGCAGGUGCUGAAGAGGGGGAGGAGGAGGCUACAGGAGGCCAGGCACCGGUGGCCGAGGCUGAAGGAGGCCGAGAGUCUGCACGACCAGAGGUCCCAGAGGCAGGCGGGGAGUGGAUGAGAGUAAAGGAAGCCUGGCGUGGAGCAGAGGAGGGGGAGGCCCCUGGAGCAGAGAACCAGGAGCUGGGUGGAAGGCAGGGAGCAGAAGCAGGGACCAUCCAGUCAUUGGGAGAGUCAGACGCCACAGAGACCAAGGAGGAGGAGGUGGAGGCCGCCGUGCCCUGGGGGGCAGACAGAACAUCCAGGCGAGGCUGGAGGCUGGAGGCAGAGGCUCUGAGUCUCCAGGACAGCAACGACAUGGAGACAAAUUCUUUGGCUACCGAGAUCGUGGAGGAUAAGGCAGCUCUGGAUGGAAGGGCUCCUGGGACUGGGGACAGGCCCGGCAGAGAGGCUGAGGAAGCAUUCGGGAGAGACUGGGAUUCAGAAGGGAGAGAGGAAGCCGGCGGAGGUGAGGACCUGGUAGUGGCUGCAGAGGGGGAGAAAACAGGUGGGCAGGAGCUUGGCCUGGAGGGCUCAGCAGAGGAGGAGGUGCCUGGCAGAGGUGGCCAAGCAGAGGCUUCUGAGGCCACUCAGGAGGGUGAGCCCGGGGGACAGCAGGCUGAGGUGGAGGAAUCCGCAGUAGCAGAAGGAAGCUGGGGGAUGGAUGGCGUUACCUCGGGCUCCCAGGUGGUGAGGGUAGAGGGCCUCCCAGGAGGGCACACACUGUGGGAAGAAGAGGCUGGAGGAUGGCAAGCGACAGAGCAGGGGCAAAGCAGUGAGGGGCAGCACGGGGACAAGCACCCCGAGGGAGAGGCACAAAGGCCCCUUGUGGUGGAGGAUAUCGAGGUGACUGGAGACCAAAAGGCAGAGGCUGAGGAGAUGGAUCCAGAAGGCCUGGAGGACGUCCAGGGCCAAGAGGACCAGUCAACCAACCAGGACCCCGCAGAGGCUGAGCCUGGACAAUGUGGGGAUGCUCACAGCAGCUGGAGUGAGGCCCUGCUCCCCGGGGCUCUCCUGGACGUCUCUGUCCCGAGGAGCCGAGCCCUCCUCUCCCGCAGCUCCUCACAGCGCCGCUCCCGGCCCUCUUUCCGACGGCACCCCGCCCCUGAGCAACCGCAGGAGCCUCCCAGCCCCCCACCGGAGGAAGAGCUGGUAGACCCCGAACAGAGACUUCUCGAGCCAGAGCACGCCCCGGAGCCAAGCUCCUCCAGCCCUGAAGGGACUCCAUUGCCAGCCAGAAGGCCCCUGGGACAGAGGUUUGGCCUGGCACACCCUGGCAUGAUGCAGGAGCUGCGAGCCAGGCUGGGCCAGCCAAAGCCCCAGUGACUGGGACGUGAGGCUCAGAAGGCUGGGUUGAACGCUGCUCAGCCUGACUCCCUCUGCCGCUUUGGACGCAUCCUUUCCACCCUCUGGGCCUUAGUUUCUUGGUGUGUCAUUCACGGAGCAGACAGAACCAGAUGUCUGCAAGAACCAUGAACUUAAGGAGUCUGACUCUCCAGUGGGGCUGGUGGACCACUGCCCCGCUGGGGUCAUCUCUCUCUGAUGGCCUGCCUUGUCUACCUCCCCAACCUGUCUCAGCUGCUUGGAGGACUGAGCGAGGACAGAGACAGUUCUCCCCACAGCCUUCCCUCUCUACUGCGCCCAAUCCUCGACCCCCCCCCCCCAUUCUCAACGCCCCACCAGGCCCUGGAGAGCUGUGUAGGACUAACGCAAACCUCUGGGGUUGAAGCCGGCCUGGAGGAAGAGGUCAGGAGGGCCGGUGGCGCUCCAUUUGCAACCAAAGAGAAGCAGACCAGCUGCCUUGAGCUUCCAAAGUGGGAGGUCAGUCUCAGAACUCUGCUGGUUACUACGGCAGCCACCAGCUGAACAAGCCAGAGUGGGGGAAGGUGGGCCAGGAACCCCAAAAAUGUAAGAUCAGAGAGGAGUCCAGGGUAACCAGAAGCUGCAGACUCUGUUCCAGGGCCCCUUUGCAUGUCAGGACCCCUUCUCUGAAAAGAAGCCAAGGCAGAGAGAGGGUGAGAGUGCUUUAUUAGGCACCCAGCGCGGCAGCCUAGUCUGAGGAUGACUAGCAGGUCCCCGAAACAAUAAAUAAACCAUUUUUCUAAACAAUAAAUAAAUAUCUAAGAAAUAAA